AUGAUGUUUGCUUGCACUUCACCGGGAGAUAAGUUGGACAACAAAUUUAAUAAUGUUCGUGGUCCACCAACAAUAAGAAUCCAAGGUCAAGCUUGCCACCACAUUGGAAGUUUACUGCCACCUGAAGGCCAACCACCCAAAUUUGCCAACUAUACAUAUAUGAUACCGAGAAUGACGUUACAAAUAGAAUGGACACUUUCAGAGACAAAAACAACAUUCAUCCCAAUAUAUUCCAAAACUUGUUAG